AUGGACCCAGCCGCCAAGCAGCAAGACCCGGCAGCACCGACCGCAGACAAGGCGGCCAGGCCCGUCACGCAGACGCCGCGCGAGACGCCCGUUGCUGCUCCUGCCGCCAUGACGCCCGACACCGCCGGGCCCGACCACGACGACGCCUUGUCGGCGCCGCUGCGGGCGCUGCUCCGGCACGACGCCGAGCUGCGCCUCUGGCUGCUGCACACGGGCUACUUCGAGCCCGCGCGCCGCGAGCGCGUCCUCGAGGGCAUCCGCAAGCUCAGGGCCGUCGACGAGGAGCGCGACAAGCUCGUGCUCGAGCUGCGCACAUCCGCCGGCGGCCUCUUCCACGGCCUCCCGUUCCUGCCCUUGGCCUCCCCGCUCUCCUCGCCCUCCUUCUCGUCGACGUCCGCGUCGGCUGCGGCCGGCUUCGACGCCUUGCCCGCCACCAAUGUCGCCGCUGUCCGCUUGACCGCCCCGCCGGCCGCACAGGUGGCGCCCAGCUAUUCCGCCUCGACCGCGGCGUCGUCCGUCGCCGGCUCUGUCCGCGGCGACGCCAAGGUUCGUCGCGAGGAGCGCGACGCGGGCCCAGAAGAGCUGCCGUCGCCCCUGGUCAAGGCCAGGCUUGGCUCCGGCUCCGGCAGGGUGGGCAGUGCUGCUCAUGGCCGCGCCGACACGCGCUUCUUCCUGCUCAAAAGUUUCGACUCGGCCAACAUCUACAUGUCCCAAAGAGAUGGCCUCUGGGCUACCCAGGCCAAGAACGGCCCCAUCUUCGCCGAGGCCUUUGAAGAGUGCCAGAGCGUCAUCUUCUUCUUUUCCAUCAACAAGUCCCGGGCAUUCCAAGGCUUUGCCCGCAUGACGUCGGCACCGGAUCCCACCCUCCACAAGCCGGACUGGGUCCAAAACAUCAACCUCUCGGCCAUCACGGAGCCCUUCCGCAUCGAGUGGAUCAGCACGGCCGAGACCGAGUUCGACAGCGUCGGCGACCUCAAGAACCCCCUCAACGAGUUCCGCUCCGUCGUCGUCGGCAGAGACGGCCAGGAGUACUCGCCCGACUGCGGCCGCAAGAUGAUGGCCCUCCUCAACCGCCAGCCCGCCGCCGCUCGCAAGCCCGCCAGGUCCGAGAUUCCCCGUCUCCCCUUGGCCGAGGGCGGCAGGCAGGCUCGUGCCCGCGCCAGGUCCCCCCGCGGCCCCUACGACGGGGCGCGCGGCCCUUCCCAGUGGCGGAAGCGUCAGCGGGACAUGAGCGUGUCCCGGUCGCCGCCUGGCCCCAUCGCCCCUGCAGGCCCUACCGGGCCGUCCCCGUGUGCCGACAGUCUUAACCUGAUCGACUGUUGA